ACUAAGUCGAAUUUGCAGUUAGGAAGCCUUCCUGGGUUCCUGGGACAGCGCCGAGUGCUGCGAGCAAAGGCCGGGCCCGCUGCCAGAGGCUCGCGCCGCUCGCAGCACAGAACCUGAGAGUGGGAAGGCGUAGGCGCCCGGGCGGGAGGCACCCGGGAUGUGGAAACUCUCGCGGGAAGAUGCGUCGUUGCCUCGGUAACCGCGUCGCAGUCGCCGAAGAUGGCGGGGCGAAGUCUGUGUCUCACGAGAAGCAGCGUUCCAGGGACUCCGUUCCCGCCACCCGUUCAGCAACCCUCUACACCUGGACCCGACCUCCUCGCCUUGGAGGAAGAAUAUAAGUAAGAAAUUCGGCGGUUGAACUUUUCCUUCUUUCUUUCAUCUGAAUGAGGCUGCUUACAAGUACUUUUUUCUGGAGACUGGCUGGAUCUUCGGGACCACUCACUCUGCAGCAUUCCCUUCUCGUCAUCUCGUUCACCUGCCGUUUAUCCUUUCUUUGUCUUUGAUCUGAGUAGUUCGCCUGCGUAUUAGAAGAUAUUUGAAGUGGGCGAAAAUUUAGCCCAAGCGUUUAAAUGCAGAAUUGCAGGCAAAAACAGCUGACGUGGUUCGACAAGCUAAGGAAAUAAUAAGAGAUCGGCAAGAAGUACGAUCUAGGCCUGUUUCAACACAAAUGAAAUCAUGUGAUGACGAAGAUGAUUACAGUUUAAGAGGUCUGUUACCAUCUGAAGGGAUAGUUCAUCUUCAUUCAGAAACUAAGCCAAAGACCAAAAACAUUGAUCCUGUAAACAAGGUUCAAAACAAAUUACACUCUGCAAAUAAAGGAAGGAAAACAAAUUCAAGUGUUAAAUUGAAAUACUCUGAUGUCCAAACUGCCGACGAUGUUGCCAUUCCAGAGGAUUUCUCAGACUUUUCCCUUGCAAAAACAAUUAGCAAAAUUGAAGGACAACUGGAGGAAGAAGACUUACCUGAAUAUAUAGAUGAUAUUUUUUCUGGUGUUAGUAAUGACAUUGGAACAGAAGCACAGAUCAGAUUUCUAAAGGCCAAACUCCAUGUUAUGCAGGAGGAAUUGGAUAAUGUUGUAUGUGAAUGCAAUAAAAAGGAGGAUGAAAUUCAGAAUUUAAAGUCUCAAGUAAAAAAUUUUGAAGAAGAUUUUAUGAGACAGCAGCAAACAAUUAAUAUGCAACAGUCUCAAGUAGAAAAAUACAAGACUCUUUUCGAAGAAGCAAACAAAAAGUGUGAUGGAUUACAGCAACAGUUGUCUUCAAUAGAAAGGGAAUUAGAAAAUAAAAGAAGACUGCAAAAACAGGCUGCAAGUAGUCAAAGUGCCACAGAGGUUCGCUUGAAUAGAGCUCUAGAAGAAGCAGAAAAGUAUAAACUGGAGUUAAGUAAAUUAAGGCAAAAUAACAAGGACAUAGCAAAUGAAGAACACAAAAAAAUUGAAGUGUUAAAAUCAGAAAACAAGAAGCUAGAAAAACAAAAAGGAGAAUUAAUGAUAGGGUUCAAGAAACAGUUAAAAUUAAUUGAUGUUUUAAAAAGGCAAAAGAUGCAUAUUGAAGCUGCCAAGAUGCUAUCUUUCACUGAGGAGGAAUUUAUGAAAGCACUUGAAUGGGGAAAUUCAUAAGUGAUCUACUUCAGUUAGUCUCUAUGACAGUAUGUGAUGGAUACCCAUUUUACUUAUUGUAGUGGUUUGAAUUAUUUUUAUUCUUCAGAAGUAAUAUAUUUGAUUAUGAAAUCAAAAUAAUUUCAAAGAAUUCCCUUUUUAGAUUUAGGAGAUUAGCUAUUAGCUCUUUUUGAGUUGUUUUUUAAGUUCUUACUUAGCGUGACAAUUAAGCACAUCAGAUAAUAAAAUUCUUGACUCUUUUCAUUUAUAAUUCUCCUCCCUUACAGUAGACCAAAAAAGAUGCUUUAAAAGAAAAUUCCAAAUAUUUAUUUCCCUGGCUAAAUCAAGUAAGUAAAGUUCGUAAACACAGACAGAAGGCAGUUCACUUUGGGGUAGAGUUCUGUAUUAGUCAAGGUAAAUAUACUGUCUUGAGGAUGGGGAUGCAAACAGUGCUCUGUAGUGUUGUAGAAAUCGGAUUUUGAAAUUAUCAGUACAAAAAUAACAGCUUGAUUAAAAUUAAUUUGUAUCUGAUAAUUGUUUACAAGUUAUGAAAUUCAGUGAUGAUUUACAAAAUCCAAAUAGACAAUGGAUACCUAAUGCCACUGAACUGUAAAACAAAAGUUAUGCUGACAUCUAGUGGUAACAUACAAAAAAUCUAUGCUUUACCCAAUUUUGAUGAUAUCAUUUCUCUUCACAAAUUUCACUCCUUUGUUGAUAUACUUUCCUGAACUCUUCACCAAGCAGAUCAAUAUCAUCCUCUUUUUCAAAUACUCCCUACGAGAAAAAUAUUUUGUGGGUUACUUUUGAAUACCAGAAUAUUUCACUAAAUGCUUUUAAGACUGACAGACAUAAGAUUAGUAAAGUUAUCUCCAAGGUAAUGAAAUCUAUUUAACAGAUUAAUGAAACUUUAAAAAAAUCAAUACUUUUCAAAAAAUAAGACUUUACAUAUAUAUUGAAUAUUCCUAGACUGACCCAAUUUUCUGAUUUAUCAGAUCUAGUGUAGGAGCUUUUCAUAGGAAUCUGAGCUCUUCUACAAGUUCUACUGCUUGGAUUACCUAGAUAGGAAGGCACUUCAUCUAUACUGUAUCCUACCCUUUUCUUUAAAUAGCUCUAUAAUAUGAUAUAAUGGUGAGCUUCAGUAGAUUCAUGCAUGGGAUUAGUUCUUCAUGCCUCAGUUCUAUGGCUAAUCAGCAAACAGUCAAUCUUGCAGAAAAGAAUCCAGGUUUGGAGUUAAGCCAUUUAAGCAAACCCUUUGGAAUUCUUCACUGUUCUAUUUUUCUUUUCCCCUACAGUAUACUGCAAAAGGCUCUUUAAAACAAAAUUAAAUAUUUACUUAAAUUGCAAUCUAAAGAAUUUUAGGGAUAACUGAAGUCAUUUGGCGCCAUUAGGACCUAAAGGAUAAAGGUCAUUUUUGGAUAUCAAGUUUAUUAAUCCCUCCUGCUGCCUCCACAAUUAUUUCCUCUACAAAAAUAUCAAAUCCCAAAGAAAGACAUUCCUACAAUUUAUAAUUUAUUUUAUGAAAUGUAUUAAUUACAUAUGGAUUUUAUCAUUAAUACAUCAUUUUGUAUUCCUUAAUCCUUUCUAACCAAUUAGACUAUCAAGUCCUGUGGCCAGGCAGUAAUUACCUAUAUAUCUUUUUCCUUCCUUAGCACCAGAGUGAAUAUAAUAAAAUAAAUAUGCACUUGAUUCUACUGAAUAAAAUAUGAAAUGGCAUUUCUAUAGCUGAAA